GUUGAUCGGUGGAUGUUCUGUGGUCUGGUCAACUCACAUUCCUCUCCUGCAGCACAGGUAUUAACCCGGUUUGUCCUGGUCUUUUGCCACAGCUUGUGUUUGGCCUGUUUCUAACGUCCCGUUCUCUGAAGAGAUUCAUGUAAGAAGCAGACUGAAGCACGAUGACCCGCCAUGGAAAGAACUGCACGGCCGGGGCUGUUUACACUUACCACGAGAAGAAGAAAGACACAGCGGCGUCUGGUUACGGCACUCAAAGCAUUCGACUGGGCAAAGAUGCGAUCAAAGACUUCGACUGCUGCUGUUUGUCCCUGCAGCCCUGCCAGGACCCUGUGAUGACUCCAGAUGGUUUCUUGUAUGAGAAACAGGCCAUUCUUGAAUACAUUUUGCAUCACAAGACAGAAACCGCCAAAAAGAUGAAGGCGUAUGAGAAGCAGAAGCAGAAGCAGAGGAGCAGCAGCCAGCUGGAGUCCAAGUCAGAGGAGCGGGAGAGGGUGGAGAGGUUCAAAACCAAAGAGAACAGCAUUGUGUCCAAACCCAUCAACCCCUUCACCUCCGGGCAGAACCCGGGCGCCGAGAAGAGCCGGACAGACCCAGCAGAGCCCUCCACCUCGUCCACCUCCGCUCCCGCUGCCUCCUCCAGCCAGAGCCUGCCCAGCUUCUGGAUCCCCUCCCUGACCCCCCAGUCCAAGCCCACCCUGCUCAAGAAGCCAAGUAAGACCGUAUUGUGUCCCAUGUCAGGACGUCCUAUUAAGAUGAAUGAGCUGAUCACAGUGUGCUUCACCCCCCUGGACCCCAGUCUGGACCGGUUGGCCCUGCUCACCCGUCAGGACAGAUAUGUGUGUGCAGUGACCAGAGACGUGCUUGGCAACAGUGUCCCCUGCGCUGUCCUGCGGCCCUCCGGGGCUGUGGUGACCCAGGAGUCUGUAGAGAAGCUGAUCAAGAUCGAUAUGCGAGAUCCUGUGACUGGAGACAAGCUGUCUGACAAGGACAUCAUCCCCCUGCAGAGGGGGGGGACCGGCUUCGCAGCGUCCGGGGUGGACCUCCGGGCCAAAGAAGCUCGUCCCGUGAUGAUGGUGUGAGGCCCCACGGCUCCCGGGAGAGGGGCAUAUUUUACUGUUAUUUGAAAUAUGUGCAAGCUUAUGUACUGUUCCUGCAGCUCACAUGGGGGGGCUUUGUUCAUAGUUAGAAACCAUACAUUUGAUAUACUCUGAAUUACAGAACUUUUUUUCAGUAUGAGAGACAGAAUUAUCCUGUUGAUCUGCAGACUGAUCAUCAGCUGGGUCUGUCUUUCAUGGACUUUCUUCACUUUUCAAACUGUCCCUCUCAGCAGGACCACUGUGCGUCCAUUGAGAGACGUUAGAGGUGAAAUUUAUGGAAGAACAAACGAUUCAGAGGAUUUGCAGCUUUAUUUUGUAAAUGCUCCAACAGCUGAGACCUUCAGCUAACUGUUAGCUGUAGCAUGUGAGGGUCCUGUCUUUGUUUCCAUUAAAGUGAUUAUUAUU